AUGUUACGAGUUUUACUUUGUUUAUCUAUUCAAUUUCUACCAAUACUCUCCAUUUUCGGAAUUGAAACUCUGGGUACUCUUCAAAGCGCAGGUGUACAGGGUAAUUUGACCUGUAAUGGAGCGCCGUAUUCUCAUGCUCGAAUCAAGAUGUGGGAAGUAGAUAUUGGUCCAAUUCCUGAUGAUUUGUGGAUGGAGACAUUUUCUGAUAGCCAGGGUUUCUUCAAAGUACAAGGUAAUGAGUCAGAAACUGGAUGGAUUGAUCCUAAGAUCUCUAUCUUUCACGAUUGCAAUGAUGAAACUGUGGAAUGUCUACGAAAAUUAACAAUUGUUGUGCCAAGAGAAUACAUUACACAAAACUCGGCUACGCCCGAAAAGUAUUUUGAUAUCGGGACUAUCAAUUUGGGAGCAAAAUUCACAACGAGUGACGAUCAUGAUUGCAGCAAU